AUGGCUAAUGCCAGACAGCGGCAAGAGGGAGCAGACGCUCUUGAACUUGCGCGACUGGGAUACAAGCAGGAGUUUAAGCGUGCCUUCUCUCCACUAGAGGUCUUCGGCCUUGUCUUCAGUAUCUUCGGGCUCUUCCCCUCUAUCGCGUCGGUGCUCACUUAUGCCCUACCAAACGGAGGACCUGUCUCGAUGGUCUGGGGCUGGGCCGUCUGCAGCUUCUUCCUCCUGCUCAUAACACUCUCCCUCGCCGAACUUGGAUCCGCUGCGCCCACCUCCGGUGGGCUUUACUACUGGUCGUUCAAGUUUGCUUCUCCUAGAUGGCGGAGGUUGCUAUCGUGGAUCGUUGGAUACUCUAAUACAAUCGGCUUGAUCGCCGGGGUCGCUUCUGUCGAUUGGGGAUGCGCGGUUCAAUUGAUGGCAGCAGUCAGCAUUGGACAUAAUCAGGAGUUUUCCGCAACCACGGGCGAAACAUACGCCGUAUUUGUCUUGAUCUUGCUCCUGCAUGCUAUGAUAUCAUCCUUAGCCACUGCGGUGGUGGCUCGCUUGCAGACCGUCUAUGUUGUGCUGAACGUCCUGCUGUGCCUCGCAAUCAUCAUUGCGCUGCCCGCUGCAACACCUGCAGAGUAUGUCAACUCUGCUAGCUACGCGUUCGGUGGUUUUGUCAACUUCACUGCCUGGCCGGACGGCUUUGCAUUUGUGUUGAGCUUCCUCGCACCUCUAUGGACGAUCUCCGGAUUCGACUCGGCACUCCACAUAAGCGAAGAGGCAUCUAACGCCAGUGUCGCGGUUCCGUGGGCCCUUAUUAGUGCCACGAGUGUAGCGGGAGUAUUGGGAUGGGCAAUUAAUGUUGCGCUCGCCUUCCGCAUGGGAACCGAUCUUGAGAGUAUUAUGAACAGCCCAAUUGACCAGCCAAUGGCCGUCAUCUUGUACAACAGUUUCGGACAGAGGGGUACAUUGGCAGUGUGGUCCGUUGUCGUCGCUGUACAGUUCUUUAUGGGAACAAGCUCACUUCUCGCCUCCUCUCGCCAGACCUUCGCAUUCGCACGCGACGGAGGUCUCCCCUUCUCCAACAUUCUCUAUCGCGUGAACCCAUACACGAAGACACCGAUCAACUGCGCCUGGUUCGCCGCAUUUAUCGCAGGCCUGCUCGGGCUGCUCGCUUUCGCAGGCGAUGCCGCGAUCUCGGCGGUCUUCAGUCUCGGAGUAGUCGGACUCUACAUCGCGUACAUUAUCCCCAUCAUCAGCCGCUUCGCGGGCGGCACGCGGUGGAGGCCGGGGCCGUUCUCGCUCGGGAGGAUGGGGUUUCCUGUGGCUGCCAUCGCACUGGCGUGGAUGUUCUUCUCCAUCGCCAUCCUCCUCUUCCCGUCCGACCCUGCCCCGGACGCGCCAAACAUGAACUAUACGGUCGUGGUGCUCGGCGGCUGGCUCACGCUGUGCCUCGUGUACUAUUACUUCCCCGUCUACGGAGGUGUGCACUGGUUCCGUGGGCCUAUCGCGAACGUGGACGUUGGCGCUGGUGACGAGAGCGACAGCAAGGAGGUGGAGAAGGCGGGGAUCGAGGAAGAAGGCAGCAGCGUAGAUGAGAAGCGCAACUCGGCGGAAGACUGA